CGGGUCUGUAAUAAUCCAAAAAUAAAUAAAUAAAAAAAGAGAAAAGAAAAUAGUAGUGUACGACAAGGGAAUUUCAAAUAGUGCGCUUAAACUUUCCCGAGAAACAAACAGUUUCGGUUUGAUAUUUUGAAGAUGUUUAAGAACACGUUUCAAUCUGGAUUCUUAUCCAUCUUAUACAGUCUCGGGAGCAAACCUUUGCAGAUUUGGGACAAAGAAGUUGUUGAUGGUCACGUAAAGCGACCUCACGAUGAGGACAUCCAAUCCAAUGUCCUUGAAAUAAUUGGGUCAAAUAUACAAUCCACAUUCAUUACAUGCCCGGCAGACCCUGCUGCAACACUUGGCAUAAAACUCCCAUUCUUGGUUAUGAUUGUCAAGAACCUGAAGCAAUAUUUCACAUUUGAGAUUCAGGUGUUGGACGAUAAGAAUGUUCGACGGCGUUUUCGAGCUUCUAACUUUCAAAGUGUCACACGGGUGAAACCAUAUAUUUGCACAAUGCCACUGCGGUUGGAUGAGGGCUGGAAUCAAAUCCAGUUGAAUCUGGCUGAUUUCACCAGGAGAGCUUAUGGAACCAACUAUGUCGAGACUUUGCGAGUUCAGGUUCAUGCAAACUGUCGCCUGAGGAGGAUAUAUUUCUCCGAUCGUCUGUACUUUGAAGAAGAACUCCCACCAGAAUUUAAACUGUACCUUCCAAUGCAGAAAACAUAACAACAUUCACAGGAGAGAGCUUCAAACUUACAACCAGUGAAGUAACUGGAUACAGAUUCUGUAUGUUCUAUUACUCAUCAUCCAGUAAAAAAUAAAAAAAUCAAAUAUCUAGAACUGAUUUAUUGGACGGUUUACCAGUUGUGAACGAUGAUAUACUUCUGGUCAGGAUUUUCUGUGCUCUUAUGGUAUUGAAAUAUUUUUGCUUGUGGUGGCUUGGUUUGAUCGAUUCCUUAAUGACCUAAUACUUUGGCAGUCGUA